GGCGGCGCAUGCGCGGGCGGGCGGGGCCGCGCCUGGGUUCCUGCCUGGCGCCGCAGCUCCGGCGCGGGGCGGCCCGCAGUUCCAGCUGAAGAAACGAACUCGAUCUACAUGUGCUUCACUACUCCUUGGAAGAAUGACAGAUGACAAAGAUGUGCUUCGAGAUGUGUGGUUUGGCCGAAUACCAACCUGCUUCACGCUGUAUCAGGAUGAGAUAACCGAAAGGGAAGCUGAGCCUUACUAUUUGCUUUUGCCAAGAAUAAGCUACUUGACACUGGUAACAGACAAAGUGAAGAAACAUUUUCAGAAAGUUAUGAGACAAGAAGAAAUUAAUGAAAUAUGGUUUGAAUAUGAAGGUACACCACUGAAGUGGCAUUACCCGAUUGGUUUGCUCUUUGAUCUCCAUGCAUCAAAUACAGCCCUUCCUUGGAACAUCACAGUGCAUUUCAAGAAUUUUCCAGAAAAGGAUCUUCUACACUGCCAUUCUAAGGAUGUGAUUGAAGCUCAUUUUAUGGCUUGCAUAAAAGAAGCAGAUGCUUUAAAGCACAAAAGUCAAGUCAUCAAUGAGAUGCAAAAAAAGGAUCAUAAGCAACUGUGGAUGGGGUUACAGAAUGAUAAAUUUGAGCAAUUUUGGGCUAUAAAUCGAAAACUCAUGGAGUAUCCUCCAGAAGAUAAUGGAUUUCGAUACAUCCCAUUUAGAAUUUAUCAGGCAACAACAGAGAGACCUUUUAUACAGAAGCUGUUUCGACCAAUUGCUUCAGGAGGACAAUUGCAUACUUUGGGAGAUCUGCUAAAAGAUGUGUGUCCUAGUGCUAUCACCCCUGAAGGUGUGAGCUAUCUGGGAUUCAACAGAACUUUUCCUGUGGCACAGCCUUGUGUUGUUGCAUUUGAUUGUUCCUCUUACACUCCGAGUGUUCCUGUCUAGGAGGUAGCAGAAGGAAAGUUGUCUGAGCUUAAUGCAGAAAGUAACAUGAAUACUUUAGAUACAGAGGUAGACUGAUACAAAGAGCCUGUGGAGGGAGAGGCACACUGACUAAACAAGUAGUCUGGGAGAAAAUGACAGAUCUGGGAGUCAUUAACUGUGGUGGGGAGAGCAACUAUAAACAAUGUGGUAGGAUGAAAGAGAUUGGGGCAAAAGCCAGAACAUGACAUAACUGUGAACACCUGGACAGAGUAAGUGGGUUAUGAGAUGAUAAAAGGAUGAGGGAGAAAAAGAAGCACAUUUCAAGUGGAUCGUGUACUGAGAUUGAAUAAGGCAUCUGUGAAAGAAUGGGGCUGGAGGCCUUGCUGGUGACGUGAUUCAGGUGGCCUAGAGACCUGUUUGGAGAACCAAGUUGAAAUCAAGUUGAGAAGAGUGUCCCGUGCUGGCUGGAUGAGAAGAUAAGGGUGCAUAGGCAGUCAGAUGUUGAACUAUGGAACUAUGGCAAAAUUGAAGAAUGACAGAGAAAGGAUCAGUUACGGAAAAUUACCUGAAAAGUUGGAUGCCUGUGACAACAUAGUGAUGGUGCAUGUGAUUCUUACUGCUGAGGAACAUGCACAGGGAAGGUCAGUGCACAAAAGAUGUGUGAAGAGCAGCACCGGUUUACGCUUGACUGCUUCGGUCCAUCACACACUGCUCACUGGAGAUUCAACUUAGCCAGUAAGUGAGGGAGAGGACCUAAGAGAUAAUCAGCAAUCUGCUUGCUUUAGCCCACUGAGAGAAGGUAGCUGAUGAGGUCAGAAAGAAGGGAAAGAACAGAAAAGGCCGAUUCAUCUGGCUGAUCUUUUCUGUCUAGUCAGCAGAUUCCUUUUCCUACAUGCACCUUGGUUCAGUCUGAUCUGGCUCCUCUGACUUCUGAUAAUCAUCUCUACAACUUCCUUCAACUUUUACUGCGUUCCAGUAAUACACGGUCUCCAAUGACUCUCCCAGUGUUGCUUCCAGAAUGCCAUUCAUCCUCAUUGAUGUAAGUCUUAUGUAUUCCUUUAAGGCUUUUUUAGCCUUGGCCUUACUCUUGCUUCUUGCUGUUCUCUACACCCUUUAGACUUAGCUCUGCACAGUUCUUUUAGUAUGUCCCAUUCAGUCUGCUCAUCUUAAAAUUCAUUCUG